AUGCUUAGGGUGAGGAGUUAUAGAAGCCCAGUAGUGUCUGAUUAUGAACCGGAUGGUAUGAGUAGGAUUCGACCCCUGGCAAGGGCAAAGUGUCUUUCUUCUAACCCCUAUUCUGGAGACAACCUGGCCUGGUCUGGGGGUGGGGACUACAAAAACGUGGAGACGAACCACUAUCCAACAUGGCGCCUGCCAUUUCCAGCAGUCACUCUUUGUAAUGCCAAUCGCAUCUUCCGUUCCAAGGCAGAAGCUGUUGUAUCCAAACUGAGUCUGCCGGAACACAUGUCAAGUGAGGACGCCCUCCAGAGACUGUCCGUUCUGGGGGAGCUCAUAGAUCCAAAUCCUGAGCGUAUUUCGCAAUUCAGUAAAGACGAAAUAGCAGAGUUACAGAAGAUCAUCGACGACCACAAGUACACUGUGAGGGAUCUGAUGCGUAUGCUGGGGCAGAGCUGUGAGGAACUCUUGGUGCGUUGCAUGUGGGAGGGUAGCAUUCUCAACUGCUCCGAGCUGUUCACAGAGAGGAAAUCAUACGAUGGAUUCUGCUGCUCCUUCAACUACCGCGGAGUUGUCGAAACGCUGACAAACGACGGCAGGAAGACGCUGAGCGUGCCUGCGCAGAACGAGGUGCGAUACACUCGCUAUUACAGCCACCGGAUGGGCCUCACCGUCCUAGUGGACCCUGCAGCUCACGAUUACUUUGUGGCCACCAUGUUCUCCGUCGGAAUCAGGAUGCUGGUUCACGGAUCUGACGACUUCCCAGACGACACGGCCACUGAGAAAGUUCUACCAGUUGGUCGCGAGCUGCUGUUUAGGGUGACGCCUACAUCUGGAUACUGCACCGAGGCGGUACGACAACUCGACCCUAGCGCCAGAAAAUGUGUAUUUGAGUCUGAAAUGAAGCUCAAAUACUUCCCGGUUUACAGCGAAAUCAACUGCAUUACUGAAUGCCGGAUGGAUUACACGAUUCACUACUGUAACUGCAGCCAUUUCUACUACCAUAACACAGGGGCAAUUCGUCUGUGUGACCUCAAUGACCUACCGUGUCUUAAGCGAUACUACUACAGGAUGGGCUCCGACGCUACGCCCUGCGACUGCCCGCCACUCUGCAACAACGUGGACUACGACGUUCAGGCAUCCUCUGGAGAUUUCAAGGCCAAGGAGUUCCAAAUAACCCCCUUUUUCACAAACAUCACGAAUGUGACUGGAAGAACGUUAUUUCACUUCUACUUCGGCAAUCACGUGUCCAUACGCACUCGCCGUGACGUCAUCAAUUCCUGGACCGAUCUGCUAUCGUCGCUUGGCGGAAUCUUCAGCCUGUUUCUUGGAUGUAGUUUUAUGAGUGGCGUCGAGGUACUGUACUUCUUCACCCUGCGUCUGUUCGUACGUCUGCGACGCGGACAGAUGGAGCAGCCGACGCUGAAAAGACGCCAUCCCGGGGCUGUAAACAUGAGCCAACACUUUCCUCAUAGGAAUGCAGCCCGCGUGAUACCUAUGUCUGACGUCACAACCACACGUCGCUUCUUGUAGUUCAGCAUUUCGACACAGGGACUCCACUUCGCUUUGUUCCCUAUUACGCACAUCAGCAGUAGCAGAGAGAAAGAUAUAAAAGAGAGGAAAGUUGCUGUGAUCACGUUCAUGCACUUGGAUACCCUGAGCAGUACUUCGUUUAACACAGUGUGAACAAAAAUUAUCUCGGCGGUUUCAGAUAUUUAAAAACAAAAACUAAACGGCAAAUGGAACGAGAGCUUUGCUGCCUCCAUAAUCGCUGGUUGCUAAUUUAUCGAUUGCUCAUAUUAUUUUGGGAAGGGCGUAAGAUUUGUCGGUAAGUUCUUAAUCUGACCUGAAAUCUCACGAAUUUCUUUACUAUAAACAAGAGGACUGGCCUCUUUUAAGAUAAUUAUCCCAGCGUCGGACUGUAAAAGGGGAAUUUUCGUAUCUGAAAAGUUAUUGUGGCAAUACAAUUUAAGUAUUAUCUCCAGUCCUGUGUACUUUGUUAAAUUAAAAAAAUCCACACUGAUUCAGUAAAAAAAACAUGCAUGGAAAUUAUUGUAUUUGGUAAUAAAGUCGACUUUAAACGGAAACGUCGUUCUGGAGUUACGCUAAACCUGAAAUGCGAUUACAUUUUUCCAAGAUUUUACAUUUUUUAUUGAAUUGUAUGUUCAUUUGCUUUAGAUAAGCACCUACCAUUGACAGAGGUAAUUAACAAUACAUUACGUGGCAUUUUCAUGAAUUCGUUCUUCACAAAUACAAACAAUCGAUUGCAAAAUUGAGUUCUCUUUCACAAAAUACAGUGUCCACGUUCAAAACUGUACCACAGCUGUUAGAAACAUAAAAAUAAUUGCAUCUCUCUGAAUGCGAAAUGAAACAAAUGUUAAGAGUACGCACCAUUGAUCAUUGCGUGGUGCUUAACUGAAGACACCUUUUAAAAAGAAUCCGUUCAAAUCUGAAGCCUUAUAUACAGUGGCGGCUCGU